UCAGGUUUCUGCCACAUCUUUUACAGCUUUCUUUUAGAACAGUACAUUAAUUAUUAACUUUCAAGAUGUUGCUUAAGCUUUAAGAUUUACCUGUUUAGCACAUUGCACUCAGUCAUGUGGAUUAUUUUGCUACUGAAGGAAGUUGUAAUUUUGCUGUAGAGCCGAGCUAUUUACACUUAUAAAGAAGGAUACACAUUCUUUAAUUGAAAAUAUAUGCAAUGAAAUCAUACUGCCAAUCUCCCUUCAUACGCGUUGGAGAAAAGAGAUUCAUCACAAGGACUGAGUUCCAGUCUUUAAUAAAAACAUAUAACUGCUAUUUGAAUAACAGUCCAAAUCUACAGCUAAAUUUCCAUGAGGAAAAGGGUCAUAUUGCUGUGGAGGGAGCACUGAAUGUUUUCUGGGGUGUCCGUCAACAUAUAAGAUUAAAGGCUCAGGAUGAGAAACAGACCCUGGCAAAUAUUCAAUCACAUGAGCCUGUUAGCCCAGUUGCAAGCAUAAGAGGAAUGACAAGAUGGGGUGAAUUUGAUGAUCUUCACCAAAUUGCUGAAAUAGAAGAAUCAAAUGAGGAAAAUGAUCAAGAAGUGCCCAAAACUAAAGGACCCCCAGUUUAUGAGUGUGCAACAUUAAAACAAACAAGAGUUCAACAGCUUAUUCCUGAAUCACCUGGCCUGUAUCGAACAAUGAGUGAUGCUUCAUUGGUGAAAAAAAGGGUCAAAACAAAUACCCUGGCUGAAAGGCAAAAAACACAGCAACACAGAGUUUCAAUUAAUGGACACUUUUAUAACUAUGAGACCUCUAUUUUUAUUCCGACAUUUGGAUGUGUGACCAAUGUAAGAAUCAACAGCAACAUGACAACACAUGAGGUUAUUGCCCUGCUUCUUCAAAAAUAUAAGGUUGAAAAUGAUCCAAUUGAAUUUGCACUGUAUUGUAUUCACGCAAGUGGUGAACGUAGAAAGAUAAAGAAAUAUGAUUAUCCUUUGUGGGAAAGGUUACUCAAUGGGCCAUCAGGGACUAUUAAUAAAAUGUACUUAAUGGAUUCAGAUGAACAAGAAAUCAGCACUGAUGUGGCCCAGUACAUUAGGUUUGACGUUCCAUUUUUAAAGGAAUUUCUUGAAAAGCUAAAAGAGGAAGAAACUAAAGAGAUUCAGAAGGUUUACAGCAAGUACACUCAGCAAAAGGAAGUCAUCAGGCAAUAUCUUCAUUUAAAAAUUAUUUCAAAGACUGAAACAACUGUAUAAAGGAUGGUCUGCAAUCAAAAAGCAAGAUGGAUAAUUCUGUGACAAUUGUUUGUAAUAUACUAUUUCAAAGCUUCUUUAAAGUAGCAGUCUUAUUGUAAAAUAGAUUGUGUUAUUUAAAUAAUGGCAGCAAUUGAAAGAAGAAUUUAAGUCAUUUUGGUUGCUUUUACAGUUGUUUUACUUUUUACAUUUUGUAUAUUUAAAUAAUUUUCAUUGAAAUAUAUCCAAAUAAUAUGUGUCUGCGCCUGCCUGUGUCAAGAUUGGGCAGCGGAGCGCCCUCCUUUGGUCACAACUGUAACAGUCAGAAAAUAUCUUAUUGGUUUCACCUUUCCACUCAGUCUGCAAAAAUCCACAAAGGGGAGGUGACUACUGUAGAUUUUGGGAGGUCACAUACUACACUCUCUCUUACCCUCUCUCAUUGUUUAUUGUAUUGUAUAUCACCUUUACCUAGUUAUUGCCAUAUCACGCUGUGAUGGAGAAAGUGAAAAAACUAUUUGAAUCUUCCUAUGACAUGCUGAAAUUACUAAAACUGUCUCAUAAAGAAAAACAGUCACUGAGCUUUCUUGUCAAGAUACCCAGAAGCCUGACAUUUUCCUCUGCUUCUGCAACAUAGCCAUUGAUGUAAUGAUUUUUCCCCAGUUAUCUUUCAACACAUGCUGUUUUCUUGACACGUAACUCAAUAUUAUUUUGGCUACACCGUACCAUUUGACCACUUCUGUUACCUCACUACUGGUGGCAAACAUAAUUUAUGAUGAAAACAAGAAAAAUGGUGUAAUUAACACACUUGACCAUUCUUAUAGCAUCCACA